GCUGAAGUGGAAUUGAACUGAAGUGAAAUAAAUCAUUCUAUUGUACGAGCUUUCGUGGUUUCGCAGGGUUUUGCUUUAGAAAAAAUGUCUAAGAAAAGUAAGAAGGAUGAUAAAAAAGCUGUCCCUGGGGAACCUGAGGUUCCUGCUGAUGAGCCUGAAGAAUUCAUUGUAGAAAAGAUCCUUGACAAACGGAUAGUUGCUGGAAAGACUGAGUAUUUUCUUAAAUGGCAAGGAUAUCCGGAUUCAGAAAAUACUUGGGAACCUGAAGAGAAUUUGGAUUGUCCUGAAAUCAUUGAAGAGUUUGAAAAAAAUUGGAAUAAAAAAAGAAAAGAGUCAUCUGAAAAGAAAAGAAAGUUGAAUGGAGCGGAGCAGGGAACUGAAGCUCCGGCGAAGAAAAAGUCAGAGGAGGAAAAGCCCAGAGGAUUUGAUCGCCAACUUGAACCUGAAAGAAUCAUUGGUGCUACUGAUAAUGGUGGAGAAUUGAUGUUUUUGAUCAAAUGGAAGGGAUGCGAUGAAGCAGAUCUUGUCCCAUCUAAGACGGCAAAUGUGAAGUGCCCUCAAAUUGUAAUUAAAUUCUAUGAAGAAAGAUUGAUAUGGCAUUCUGGCAAUACUUGCGAUGAUGAUGAAGGUGGUGAGAAAGAAGGAAAGAAGAGUGCUGCUUGAGUUUUCUUUUGCUUUUACAAUUUUUAACGGUGAAAUUGUCUCCAUCAUGUAAAUAUUCAUUUUGUGAUAUUGUUGUUUGACUGGAAUAUCAUUGUUACAUAACCAGCAUGCUGCAUUCAAAAGAAAUGAGGUGUAAAGAUGUUUAAAUGUAGUGAAAUUUCAUUUACUUACGAAUUUUGUAGUGUUAAGAAAACCUUACAGAUUUAAGGUCAAAAUUUCUUGUGUUUCCUUCAAGUAGCAACUGUGUAUGUGAAAUUUGUCUCACUCAAGUUUUUAAAUGUCUUCUUAACAUCAGGCAUCGGAAGUCUAUGGAGUUAAGAAUCAUUUUUCUUGGAAAUAAGAAUUUACAAUAAGAUUAUUAUUGUAACUGAAAUUUCUUUUCUUUCUAGCUCAUUCAACUACAUGUUUAAUGUCUUAUAUUGUAAUUUUAAUUCCAUUUUAAAUAAAUAACCUGGUUUCAAAAAGUUGUAUUUUUUUUCUGCCUUGGAAUGCGAGAAGUUAAUUCCUUUAUACAUUUUAUAAUUUGUUAACUAUAUUUCAUUUAUUUAGUUCUGUUUUCCUGUCAGUCAGUUGAUGUUGAAAGUUUCCUGGUAUGAAAUUCAUAAUAAAUAAAGCUACAAUAUUUGUA